UAAUAGUAUUUUACACAAAGAGCACGUAGGUAGUUUUUGUGGAGUGUUCAGUGUUUUAAGGAUCAUGGAUGGAACUAUGGAUAUCGCACAAGCUGUACUCCAAGAUCAGAUCUUGCGACAGGAGCCCAUCCACAUCGCCACUGAGAAGGGAAACUCUGACAUCCAGACGUUUUAUAAUGACAGCACAAUUUUCAUCACUGGAGGCACAGGAUUUCUCGGGAAGCAGUUAAUCGAAAAGCUUUUAAGAUCCUGCAAUAUAAAUAAAAUUUACAUACUGAUGAGAUCAAAGAAAGGAAGUCCGGUAAUGGAAAGAUUACGGCAAUGUAUAAAGGAUUCUGUAUUUGAAUUAUUAAGGGAGAAGAAGCCAGAUUUCGCGAGCCGUUUGAUCCCCGUGGAGGGAGAUAUAACAGAACUUAGACUUGGCCUAAGUUAUCAAGACUGGAACAAGCUGACACAAGAGGUGAAUAUAAUAUUCCACGUGGCGGCUACCACCAAGUUCCACGAGCCUCUGCGUGCGGCCACCAUACACAACGUACGCGGUACCAGGGAGAUAUUACUACUGGCGAAGGAUUGCAAGCAACUUAAGUCGUUUGUCCACGUGUCAACAACAUUCGCUCACGCCACACAGAGCUGGGCGAGUCACGAGGUCCUGGAAAAUUUCUACCCUAGUCCGAUACCUCCUGAGACCAUGAUAGAGCUGGUAGAGACUGUUAGUGAGGAGAGGCUGCAGAAAAUUACUAGCAAAUUGAUAGAAGAUUGGCCGAACACGUAUACUUUUACGAAAGCAAUAGCAGAAGAAGCAGUGAGAACUAUGGGACGAGAUCUACCGGUGUGCAUAGUUCGACCACCUAUAGUGAUUGGUGCAUACAGUGAGCCUGCGCCUGGGUGGCUAGACCUCAGCUCGGUAUAUGGACCUACUGGAGUGAUUUUAGGAAUAGGCAUGGGGGCUACACAUGUAACACUUAACGGUGAUGUGAGGUUAUGCUACGCACCAGUGGACUAUGUCAAUAAUACCAUCAUAGCCGCUGCGUGGGGGGCCGCGACCGAAGACAGAGACGCCAAGAUUUAUGCCAUUAGCAACUAUAGGUGUAAGGUGUCUUGGGGUGAAAACAGAAAAAUAAUGACUAGCCCAUACAUGCGGCGUUACGCGUCUCCCAAAUCUAUUUGGUACGGCUACACGGUGGAGACGCAGAAUAAAACGAUAUUCUGGUUGCUGACAUGGCUGUUGCACUACAUACCGGCUUAUAUCAUGGAGACGGUGUACUUUCUCUUCGGAAUUAAGAAGCCCAAGGAGAUACCUUCAUUCAUAAAAAUGUACAACAAAAUAUACCAAAUGGCGUUAGUCUACAGUUAUUUUGUGACCAACGACUGGAUUUUUGACGAUCGCAACACUGUUUCAUUGUAUAAUCAAAUGUCGGAGCAAGACAAAGUUAUAUUCAACUUCGAAAUGACUUCUAUAAAUUGGAAGAGACUUUUACUUGUAUGGUGCCUGGGCUGCCGGAAAUAUGUGGUCAAAGACGGCCUGAAAGGCAGUGAACGGGGAUUUAAGAAACAAAAAUGGCUGCGUAUCGCUAACUUUGUAUUUAUGAGUGUGUAUUUCUAUGUGCUUAUUUAUUGUGUGUAUUUCUGUCUGAAGCUAUUUUCAAAACUAUUUGGACUGUAAGUAAUUUGAAAUAUUUUUACCAAUCAACUUAGAUUUGUGAAAAUAAUUUAAUCGAAAUUUAAUUUGAUGUGUAAAUGAGUUUAAUUUUGUUGGUGUUCUGAGGAUUAAAAUGUAUACUCUACUUUAUU